AUGCAAGAUUUACCAUCAGAUCAACAACCAGACACAGAUAGUGUACAACCUGAACAACCAAGCACUGGAAAUGAGAUGCCAGAUGUACCAUCGAAUCAAAAACCCGAUUCAGGCAGUGUAGAACCUGAACAACCAAGCACUGAACAUAAUAUACCAAAUGUACCAUCAGAUCAGUACCCAAGCACAGAUGUACUGCCUGUGGAAUCUAGCACUAAACAUGAGAUGCAAGAUUUACCAUCAGAUCAACAACCAGACAAAGAUAGUGUACAACCUAAACAACCAAGCACUGGAAAUGAGAUGCCAGAUGUACCAUCGUAUCCAAAUCCCGAUUCAGGUAGUGUAGAACUUGCGCAACCAAGCACUGAACAUAAUAUACCAAAUUUACCAUCGGAUCAGUACCCAAGCACAGAUAUACUACCUGUGGAAUCCAGCACUAAACAUGAGAUCCAAGAUAUACCAUCAGAUCAACAACCAGACGAAGAUAGUGUACAACCUGAACAACCAAGCACUGGAAAUGAGAUGCCAGAUGUACCUUUAGAACAACAACCAGAUAAAGAUAGUGAACAACCAAGCACUGAACAUAAUAUACCAAAUGUACCAUCGGAUCAGUACCCAAGCACAGAUAUACUGCCUGUGGAAUCGAGCACUAAAAAUGAGAUGCAAGAUUUACCAUCAGUUCCACAACCAGACAUAAAUAGUGUACAGCCUGAACAACCAAGCACUGGAAAUGAGAUGCCAGAUGUACCAUCGGAACAAAAUCCUGAUUCAGAUAGUGUAGAACCUGGACAACCAAGCACUGAACAUAAUAUACCAAAUGUACCACCAGAUCAAUACCCAAGCACAGAUAUACUGCCAGAAGAACCUAGUACUGAACAUGAGAUGCCAGAUGUACCAUUUGAUCAACAACCAGACACAGAUAGUACACAGCCUGAUCAGCCAUUCACUGAACAUGAGAUGCCAGAUGUACCAUCGGAUCAACACGCAAGUACGGAUAUUCUGCCUGUAGAAUAUAGCACUGAACAUGAAAUGCCAAAUGUAACAUCAGAUCAAAAACCAGACAAAAAUAGUGCACAGCCUGAGCAACCAAGCACUGGAAAUGAGUAUGACAGAUAUAUCAUCGGAUCAACAAACCAACACAGGCACUGUACAACCUGGAGAAACAACCACAGAACAUAG